AUGGCAGCCACUGGACGCGCCUCCCCGCCGGGGAGAAUGGUACCCUGCUGGGCUGACCAAGGACAGCAAAGACAGGGAGGCGACAACUACUGGGAAGCGGCCCAGGCCCGAGAGCGCCAGCCUCCGGCCCCCCGGACGACCGGGGCGGGAAGGACGGCCCGAGGCGGCUGCCUUCCCGCGGAGGUGCGCGCGGCCCAGGGUGACCCUGACAAGGAGGCAGCGGGACCGCCCUCGACGCCGCCCCCCGGCCCCCGGCGGACCGGGGCGCAAGCGCCCGUGGCCCCGAGCGCCGAGCCCGUCCCAGCCGAGCCGCCGCGGCCGCCCCGGCUGCCCGGCCCCGGGAGAGCUGCGGCCGCCCCGCCGCCCCCGGCCGGACCCGCUCUCCCGGCGCGCGCGCCUCCCCUCCCCCCCGGAGGCCCUCGCACGGUUCCCACAAUCCCCCGGCCGCCGCCCCCGCCGCCCCGGGCCCGGCCUGCGCCCCGCGCCCCUCGCCGCCUCCUUGGCCCUAUUGUUCCCCGGCGGCUGUCCCGGGCCUCCGGGCCACCCCGGGAACCCGAGCGGCCCCAACUCACGGCUCUAGGGUCUGGGAAUAGCCGGAAGGCUGAGUCCAGCCCCAGGGGACUUAACCCCUAA